AUGACGCAGACAAAGGUCCUUAUCACCGGUGCAACUGGCUACAUCGGUGGCUCUAUCCUCACCCGGCUCCUCAAGUCAACCCAUCCUGAUAUCAAAAAUUUGUCAUAUACCGUGCUGGUGCGGAAGCCUGAGCAUGCAGAGCACUUCAAGUCCAUUGGCAUGACGCCAGUCAUGUUCGAGAAUCUCGACCAGGUGGACCUUUUGAAGAAGGAGGCGUCUGAGCAUGACAUUGUCAUCAACUCGGCGAGUGCAUUCAGAACACUGGGAGCAAGGGCAUUGAUUGAGGGAUUGGCGGAAAGAAAGAAGAAGACUGGCCAGCCAGUCUGGUUUAUUCACACAUCAGGUACAUCUAGCGUCGGCAAUCGUCCUGUUAGCAAAAUCUACACCGAAGAAGAUGCCCCAUUCGAGUUCAACGACAAGACUCAGGACAUUCACGCCUACGAAGUGAAGCGCGAAGCUCACGACUCAUAUCCUCAGCGAGCAUGUGAUGUUGCCGUGGUUGUAGCAGGAGAAGAACUCGACGUGCCGACAUACAUCCUCAUGGCGCCAACAAUCUACGGUAUCGGAUCGGGCCCGUUUAACAAGCGCUCAGUUCAAGUUCCCUUCUUGUCGCGACGAGCCUUGAAGAAAGGUUACGCAGAGUACAUUGGCGAGGGAGCCGGCGUAUGGGACCACAUUCACAUCGACGACACCACAAAGAUCUACGAACUACUAUUAGAGAAGCUCUUUGCAAAGGCAGAUGUGCCUUUUGGAAGAAAAGGUAUUUACUUUGGCGGCAGUGGGCGCCACUCGUGGAAGCAGGUCGCAGAAGGUAUCGCCAGGGCUGGCUUUGCGGCUGGCGUCUUGGAGGCUGAACCGCGGGCGAUUUCGCUGGAGGAUUUGGCGAGAGAUACGCCUGGUGCGGUUGAGCAAUACUUGGAACUAGGAUUUGCAUCAAGGUCGUGUACGAAUGCGGAGUUGACAAGAGAAGUGCUGGGAUGGAAGCCGGAGAUUGGAGAGGAGGCGUGGGAGAAGGGUUUUGUGGAAGAGAUUGAGGCGGCUUUGGCGCAGUAA